AUGUCUAUGCGAUUAAUAUUAAAGCCUGCUCACUUGGAGUUUUACUGCAACAGUGUUAUUGAUGAUUGGACUUGCCUUAACUUAGUGGAAAUUUAUCGAGCAAAACUGACACGAAAGGAUUUGAAACAAACACAAACAUUGGACAAGAUAAAGAAGGAUCUUGAAGUAGCAAACUCUGAACUUGUAUUUGAC